AUGGCCAGGGACAGGCAGGCGGACGCGGAGCGCGGCAAGGACAGGCGCAAACGGCGCCGGAGCCCCAGUCCGCCGAGGGAGAGGAAGGAGAGGCGCAAGGAGCGGGACGACCGAGAUCGUGAUCGGGCGCGCGAUAAGGAGCGCGAGCGGGAGCGGGAAAGGGAGCGGGACCGUGGCCGCGAGCGCGAACGCGAGCGGGAACAGGAGAGGGAGAGGGAGCGAGAGAGGGACCUCAGGAGGUCGCCCAGACGGGAAAGGGAAAAGAAGAGGAAUCGGUCAACGUCCAGGUCACGCACCAAGUCGCGCCGAAGCCGGAGCAGAAGCCGAACGCCUGAGGGACGCCACAGGAAGAGGCACAGGAGGGAUGUGAAAGAUGAUGAAGAGGACAAAGAGGUCGCUGUUGACUUCACAGCAGAUAUCACACCAGAAGAGAUGCAGAUGAUGCAGGCUAUGGGAAUCCCCUUUGGUUUUGACACCACCAAGGGGACAGAAGUGAAGGACAGUGCAUCCAAUGCCAGCAGUGUACGGGUGAAGAGCAUGCGACAGGCCAGGCAGUACAUGAACAGAAAGGGCGGUUUCAACAGGCCAUUACCUGCAGAAAAGACGAAUGAGAAGGUCAUCAGGGAUUGA